AUUGGUUACCGGCUACGGUGCCAGAGGUCCACUACAACAGAUGGGGUUCUCCUCUCGUCGCGCAGACGCCACGCAUGCAAGCCCCGGUGCGUGCAUGCACCGAUUGUUUCCUAUGCCCGAAUAGGGCGAACCGAGCAGGGAACGAGCAGACUGAGCGACGCACGGUUUACGGUUAACGAGUAUCCCACCCGAAACCCAGCGUGGCAGAGAAGAACCAAGCCCAGUUAAUCGUUCAUAAACAUUAACAACUAAAGCCCGAAGAGGUCCUGAAAAUCACCAGACUAUCUAGCAACUCUGUCCGCCCACCCCUCUUCCCCUGUCUCAUCGACGGCCAACCGUCAUACAGGGUGAGACGUCUCCUGAAGGUUCGACCUCGGGGCAGGGGAUUCCAGUACCUGGUUGACUGGGAGGGUUUUGGCCCGGAGGAGAGGUGCUGGGUCUCCGCUAGGUACAUCCUGGACCCAGGCCUCAUCUCUGAAUUCCAACGCCGGCACCCCGCUCAACCAGAAAGGACACAGUAGCUUCAUUGGGUCCAGCCGGGCCGUCUUCAGGUAAACUCCUCUGACUGGACCCUGAGGACUAACUUAUUGUGUGUUUGUGCAGCUAGCGGAUCUCUCUCUCUUUCCUGGCCUACCAGGAUCAUACAGAUCUUAGCACGCUCCUCUCAUGCUGACUGAGAAUGGAUAACAUGCAGGAUGGGGUUCAGAUUGGAGACAACAAGUUCAUCAGCAAGGCAACAGUCCUGUCCCAUCUCAAAACCUACAACCUCUAUUAUGAAGGACAUAACCUGCAGUUGAGACACAGAGAGGAGGAAGGGGAGCUGAUCGUGGAGGGUUUGCUGAAUAUCUCCUGGGGCCUGCGUCGACCUAUCAGAUUGCAGAUGCAGGACGAUCACGAGCGAAUCAGACCUCCUCCCUCGUCUACAUCCUGGCACUCCGGCUGUGCCCUGGAUAAUCAGAGCAAUGAAGGUACCCAGCAGACCCUGCCCAACAUAGAAGUGACAGAGCACGAGAGCCAAUCAGAGGACAGUAUUGUGAAGGCGGAUGAGGAAGAAGAGGAAUAUGAGCGCUCCGCCCAGCUGCUGAGGACGAAGAGCGAUGCCGGGUUUCUGAGGAAGGCCCAGCGCCGGUCGCCUAGCGACCAGAGGAGGAUACGACGACACCGUUUCUCCAUCAAUGGACACUUCUACAAUUACAAGACUGCAAUCUUCACUCCAGCGUAUGGUUCAGUGACUAACGUGCGGAUCAACAGUUGUAUGACCACGCCCCAGGUGCUACGAGUGCUACUUAACAAGUUCAAGAUUGAGAACAGCCCAGAUGACUUUGCACUGUACCUUGUACACACCAGCGGGGAGCGUGCGAAGCUGAAGCGCAGUGACUACCCCCUGGUGCUGCGUGUGCUUCAGGGUCCGUGUGAACAGGUCAGCAGAAUCUUCCUGAUGGAGCAGGACCUGGGAGAGGAAGUCACCUAUGAUGUGGCGCAGUAUAUUAAGUUUGAGAUGCCAGUGCUGCAGAGUUUCAUCACCAAGCUGAAGGAGGAAGAGGACCGGGAGGUGCAGAAACUCAGGAGCAGGUAUACAUUUCUGCGGUGUAUCAUUGAGAAGCAGCUGCGUUGUCUUCCUGAGGGGACUGCCUGUAUGUGACCUGGUCUAGGGAGGGACCACCUGAUCCUCCCAACCCCAGACGCUGUCCCAUUACCCCAAACAGGGGUGGCCAUGAACCACCCUGAGGACAGGCAUCCAUUCCGACCUCGCUUUAAUCUCUUCCAAGACCUCUAUAGGGACAGUGUACUAAUUGUGUGAGCUGAGUUGUGUGUGGUACCUUCCUCAGUUGAGGUUGGGGUCAUUAUGAAACAUGAUGUCUGCUCCGUCCCUACCAUGAACAAACGGUACACAUUCUCCUUGCUGUCCCAAUCCCUCUCUGACACACCUGCCUCUCUGUCGUGCUAUCUGCGUAUUAACUGUAUCAAUAUCAGCAGUAAUAAUGGUUAAUAAUGAAGGUAAAAGGUUGGCAUUUGUCUCUUGUGGCUCUGUAUGGGGCAUUGAGACUGUCCCAUGUCCUAUACCACUCAGAUGCAAAAUAACCUAAAGCACAUCUAAAUCUCUUUCUUCGUUUCUUAGUUCUACUGAGUUAGACAGAACUAUAUAUAUAUCUCUCUUUCCCUCCAUUGUUCUCUCUACCUCUCUCUCCUUGCAUAUUUGUAUUUUCUAUUUUUGACCAAAGCCCCAUUUUGCCACCUGCAGAUCACUGAUUGUCUCCCUCUCCAAACCAGAACUUGCCUUAAGACUCAAGAGUGGCAUCCCACGCCAGAUGAGAUUCUCACCCACCCAGUCGGUCGGUAGGGGGGUUGAAUGACUCCUGUCCGGUGACAGUAUGUGGUGUUGAAACAUGCCUGUCACACAAGUGUGGUACAGUACUAUUUCCAUGAUCAGCUCUACAGAGGCAGGAACUGUAAUGUAACUUCAUGACUUUUCUUGCCCCAGUUCAUCUAAAACUGUCUCCUGACCAGUUGUAGUGGGGGACAAAAACAUGUAUUUCUGCUACCUGUCUGUUAUUUUUUCUUACCUUUAUUUAACUAGGCAAGUUAGUUAAGAACAAAUUCUUAUUUACAAUGACGGCCUACCAGGGAACAGUGGGUUAACUGCCUUGUUCUGGGGUAGAAUGACAUAUUUUUACCUUGUCAGCUCGGGGAUUUGAUCGAGCAACCUUUCAGUUACUGGCCCAAUGCUCUAACCACUAGGCUACCUGCCGCCCCAUAAUCACAUAGUAUAGUGUAGUGUGAUAUGACCUGUGUGUCUGCUCUACUAGCCUACCUGGAGACUGAAGCACAAAACAUAGAGAGGACCAGAGUUCCUUAAGAUUGUGAAUUAUGUACAUUUAUUUUUUACCUUUAUUUAACUAGCCAAGUCAGUUAAGAAAAAAAUCUUAUUUUCAAUGAUGGAGUGGGUUAACUGCCUUGUUCAUGGGGAGAACGACAGAUUUGUACCUUGUCAGCUCGGGGAUUUGAACUUGCAACCUUUCGGUUACUAGUCCAACACUCUAACCACUAGGCUACGCUGCCGCCCCACAUGAUGAAUCAACUACAAUAGCUCAAACGAGGGAAUGUUUUGUAUGUGUGUGUUAGGUUGUGUUUGUGUGUGUGUGCACACAUUUCUGAAGCAGUACUUACUUUCCUGGUAGAUAUUGAUCUGUGUGACUGCGUGCGUGUGUAUGACUGUAUACAGUACUUUGAGAUGUGGUACAACAAUUCUAUUACACCUAUAUCUACCCUCAGCUUUUAAAAGGUUUCUGUAUAUUGUGUGUGUGAGCGAGCGUGUGUGUGUGUGCGCUUGUGUGCAUGUAUGUCUGUCCUUUCAAUUUCUAUGGCUCUUUCAAGACUGACACAUUUAUUUCAUAAUAAAAUACUUUAGCUGUUUUAAUGUUGCAUUCUGACUUUCUGACUGAGCGCUCCUUUGGGGAAACUCUUCAAAGGCACAUGCCACUAUAUAGAAAUGCAGCUUUUUACAAUAAUGAUUAUUUGGUCUGUUAUCUUGGUUGUAUUAUACUUGUUAAAACAAAGCUGUAUGAUAUUACUCUGUAUUAUUGCUGUCUGUUUUGGUAGGCUAGGAGGCUUACAGUAACAGCAGGCUAAACACACACACACACACACACACAGGUCGUUUUGAGUUUCUACUCCGUUGGUGGGUUAGGGGCUGAGACACACACACACACACAGGUUAUCUAUGGCUAAGUGUACAGCUAAGUUUGCAUGUAUUUCUGUGUUGUUGGGGCAGGGGCUUACUGUAACUACAGUGUUAGCAGGGAUGAGCAUCAUUGUUUAUCCUGCUCAGCCAAUGAGGAGGUCAGAGAUAGAUCCCCUCUCUACCUGGCUGAGACCAUUUGGAGGUUGAAGAGACCCGUCCCACACACUCUCUCUCCCAGACAGUCACAGGAAUCGCUGACGAUCACACACACAAAGGAGAGAGCCAAAAGGACAACAGAACAAGCAACGGACAUCCUCUGACCCAUCUGUGAUUUUCCUCAGCUCUUUGUCAACUUCUACAGAGAAUGAGGAUGGUUGGCCAACGGAGACUUCUCCUCACUGUGGCAACCUGCCUGUUGCUCCUAGCAACCGUCUGCCCCACCUCAGAGGCUCGUCGUGGUGGGGGCUUCGGUCGUAGUGGGGGGUGGGGCGGUAGUAGCCGUGGAGGUGGAGGUUACCCUCGUCAAGGUGGAGGCACGGGAUACCGACCAAUGCCAUCCUCGAGUGGACAGGCAUACCGACCAAUGCCUGCCCAGAGUGGCGGCUCCAGUGCCGGGAAGAUGGCAGGGGCUGCUGCUGCUGGUGCCGUGGGGGGAGCAAUGCUGGGUAGUGCGUUGAGUCGUCCUGGCUACGGAGGAGGAUAUGGGGGGUAUGGAGGAGGCUAUGGAGGUGGUUAUGGAGGCUAUGGAGGAGGCUAUGGAGGAGGCUAUGGGGGGUACCCCAGAGCUGGAGGGUAUGGCCCCAGGCCUGGUGGCUAUGAAGGUCCAGAGGGCUCUGGGGAUAUGGGUUACUACUAUGGAGCAUCCAGUGGGCCCAUCUAUAACAGCAUCAUCGUCAUCAUCGGGUCGCUAAUGUCAUUGGUGAUGGGGCACUGGGUGGGAGUGAUGUAGAGAUGGCGUGAAGAUUUGGAUGGAGUCACGACUAAAGCUCUCCAGACCAAGACCAUAUGGGGCGGCAGGGUAGCCUAGUGGUUAGAGCGUUGGGUUGCAAGUUCGAAUCCCCGAGCUGACAAGGUUCAAAUCUGUUGUUUUGCCCCUGAACAAGGCAGUUAACCCACUGUUCCUAGGGUGUCAUUGAAAAUAAAAAUGUGUUCUUAUCUGACUUGCCUAGUUAAAUAAAGGUAAAAAUAAAUAUGUAUAUAAAGACUCUUGAGACCCUGACCAAGGCAUUGAGUUGCUGACUAUGUUGACAAUGAGAUUACAGUUUGUGAUUCCAUCUGUUCUGACUCACAGGUGUAGUGGGGCAAAUACACUUCCUGUGUAGAUAGAUCCCUGAUGCAGAAAGACUCUGAUGUGUCAACUGCUUACACUUUUCUUUUCAUGAGACAUUACAUAACAUAAAAUAUCUGGUGUGUGAUAGAUUACCUUCCGGUCGAGCACUCACUACCUCCAUAAAGCAGUAGUACAUAUUUACUUCUCUUUACCAUGGUUGUUAUCAACAGUUUAAUAUUGCCAUGCUGCGGUAACAGUUUACUUGAAAGACUCAUGCUAUAACUCAUGUUUCACUGAUUUCAACCCUUGGUAGAAUACUGGCAGCUUUUGGAUGUGGAUUUGUAAAUGCUGUAUAUUGUACUAUUCUAUGAAUUAUAUUUUGUGUCCAUUACUUUUCUUACUUUAUUGAAUAGGAUGUGAUUUUGGGUGAGUGGAGUGUAUAAACACCAUUAUGAACCAGGUGGUUCGAGCCCUGAAUGCUGAUUGGCUGAAAGCCGUGGUAUAUCAUACCACAGGUAUGACAAAAAAAUACUGUUUACUGGUCUAAUUACGUUGGUAACCAGUUUAUAAUAGCAAUAAGUCACCUCAGGGUUUGUGGAAUAUGGCCAAUAUAUCAAAGGGCUGUAUCCAGGCACUCCAAAACUGCCCUUAGCCGUGGUAUAUUGGUUGUAUACCGUACCCUUUUGUGCCUUCUUGCUUAAGUAUUAAACACAAUAACUAGUUCCAUGUUCUGUAUUGGUGUCAUUUGAUGAAUCUGAUGUAGUUUUCCUGUGGGGUUACUCCAAUAAAAACAUGGGAGACAGA